AUGUUGGUGGACUACUCGAAAACUGAUUGUUGGCGUAUCCUUCGAAGACAUGAACUUGAAGCAUACGCAAAAGUAGUCACUGCAUUCCGGGCACAGGGUCUUCUAACUGGGGAGAAAAGGAAACUUCUUGAGGAUCUUCGGCGUUUGUUGAGCAUUGCCUGCGACCGCCACAAGGCAGAAGUGAGACGUGCUGUAAACGAUGAAGAAUUGGCGACGAUUUCGAAAUUUGUGUGUGGCAAAGACACUGAUGAAAACUGGGUGAUUGAAGGACGCCGAUAUGCGCCAAUUUUACAACGCGGUGUUCCAAAAACAGCUUUCUUGCCUGAGGCGGAUGCAGCCGCAAGGCAUUGGGGUUCCUUAAACUAUCAGCUGCCUCAGCCCGCUGAAACGUCUGUCGCUGAAUCGGUAGGCGAAGCAGAAGAAACUAAGGCUAAUCAAAAGGAGAAAGAAGCUCCAAGUCGAAUCGAAGUAGACCUUACGAAGAGUGAAGACGGUGAACCGAAACCAGUAGUAACAUUGUCUGGAAACACUACCUCUCAAGAUGGAGAUACUGCAUCAACCAUUGUUCCAGAGGCCGCUGUGGAAAUAACUUGUGAAGCCGAGCUAACAAGAUUGGAUGCACUUUCCUGUGUGGUUGAGGAAAAGGCUAGUCUUAUUGCUGAACUACCUCUGAAGCGCACUGUACACUAUGAGCAAUCGAACUCCAAGCGCAUGACAUCAGUAUCAGCGCCAUCUCAUCCUGAUGAGCCUCAGCAUAAUGCGCUGACUCCUCAAUCUAAGCCGAUCAUCCAGGCCUGCAUUUCUGGUACUAAAAGACCUCUUUCUGUUGCUGAACCCUCUCAAGUGGCAAAUUUGACGUCUGAAUUAACUAGCAAAACAUCCAAGGCGGCGACUUCAGAUAGCACACCAAACGGCGUGGUUCCCUUUAUUUCAACUCGAAACUUUGUUAUACGUCAAAACAACAUUUCAACCCCACCCUCAGGGUCACUGCACAGUUCUCAAAAUGUUCAAAUUAAUAAGGUUCAAAGUAUCAACCCGGCAAUAUCAGUGUCUGGUGCCAGCCGAGUAACCUCUACAGCCGUUACUUCCACGACACCAGGAUUGACCACUGUGGUGGUAACGGGCACAACUGGUCCAACAGCUUACGUAUCUCAAUCUGUGAACGCUUCACGUAUUGUCAAAAACUACCCACCUGUUAUAGGCUACCAAUCAGGUGUUGCGUCUACGACGCAGCUCUCCGCUUCCACUAUUCUUGCUGAUACCAAGAAACACCAACAAUCACAGCAACAUCCCGUUGUGAUUCAACAGCAGCAGUCUCAAAUUGCAGGCUCAACUGCUGGAAAUGUGAUUGUUGUUCAUCGAGGCCCCACAAACCGUCUUGUCUCUGCAAGUUCAGCAUUGUCAAACUCGCCUCACAUGAGCAUUGCGACAAAUUUGUCCUCUAAUUCAUCCACAACGUUGCCAAUUGUGACAACCCCAAGUCGUUCAGUUCGCAUCCUCCCUGUAAACAAUCCUAUUGUCACCCCAUCCACUCCUGUUGCCUCCGCAACUGGCAACACUACCCUUGCCCCUCUACUCUCUGGAACUCAAGUGCAGAGUUACAAUCACCAACAUGUCCAACCUAACUAUCGUCUCUCCAGUUCCACUACUAUCAUUUGCAACGAUCCUGACCUGCCGUCAGGCGGCGUAAACAUCGUGAAGGUGCCGAUUGGUGGCGGGUUGUUGUCACGAUCUACAGCCGCCUCAAACACCACCUUGGCGUCGAAUCCACCAGCACCAAGCCAGGUCAACUCUCCUGCACUGGUCAGCGUACUGGAGCCCAAACGACCCCGUCUGGCCUUCGUACCCGCCGCAGCUUCCCCCUCAUCUAGGCAGUGA